CGAAUGACUCACUUUGACUGCUAGGGAUAUCCAUUUCCCGCUCAUCAUACGCCUUUUGAUGCGCACCCGCAAUGUCGGUGAGGAGCUUACGAAUCAGCCAAUACGACUAUCCCGUGUCAGCUGAGACGACUCUUGGGAAAGGAUAUACGGAGGGCCGUGACAUGACAUAUAACCCCCCGAGGUCGGCCAUGUCUGUCUAGACGUGCUUUGGUGUACCUGAACACAUGCUUUUUCCGCUCUAUCCUUAUCUCUCCAAUCACCCACCGCCUGCGGCCUUUCAGCUGAUCACCCCCCGCAUUCUGGAGAGCUCGUCCAAGGUCUUGGAAGCACGAAUCUGGUAAUCGCGUGGACGACAACCCCUCGUUCAAACGGAACGACGGCUUCACUAGAGCCGUAGUCCCAAUCAGCAGCAGUCAUCGGGUGUUAUCACCGCCCAGCUCAUCCUGCGAAACCUGAUUCUCCUUCUCCUUUCUUCUUCACCAUGAGCACGCCUCGACAGAUAGUCUCCGGCGAAAUGCCUUCGUUCCUCUCCUCCGCAGUCCCUUCCUACUCUGCUCGGUCACGGUCGUUGGCUCUGCCGUCCUCCUCGAGCUCGAGGCGAGGUUCAGCAAUUGCUUCGGCGAUCGGCCUGCGCAAGAAAAGCGAAAUCGAUAUCGUGCUAAAUGGCGAGGCCGACUUUGUCCACUCCUACUCCACAUACGACGAGAUCAAGGGUCGCGUGGACGUCAGGUUCGAGAAGGACACGUCUUUCGACGACCUCAACAUCACGUUUGAGGGCAAGAGUUGCACAUAUGUCGAAAAGAUCGCAACGACUGCCCCCACAACUGGUCGCACGACAGGGAGACACACAUUCUUGAAAGUCCAGCAGCCGAUACCCGAUAGCCUCCUGCCUGAAAACGGCACCUUCGAGGCCGGCGUCACCUAUUCCAUCCCGUUCACCUUUGUGGUCCCCGACAGAUUACUGCCCUUUAUCUGCUCGCACAAAGCCGACAAUGAAGAGAUCAGGAAACAACAUUUACAGCUACCUCCCAGUCUGGGUGACCCCAGCGUCUCCGGCGAUGGCCGUACCCUCAUGGACGACCUUGCACCGGAUAUGUCCAAGAUUACCUACAGCAUUCGUGCCAGAAUCACAAAGUGGAACGCCGUCGGCAAGCUGUUAGAAUUAGCCGACAAGUCAGAGCGUAUCAGACUUGUGCCUGCGAGAGAAGAAGCGCCUCCGCUGAACAUUGACGAGGCCGAGUCGGACCAUGUCAUGCGCAAGGAGAAGAGUGUCAAAAAGGGCCUCUUCAAGAUCGGUAAGGUUGGCCGCCUGACGGCCGAGACCACCCAACCCAGAAGCCUGCGUCUUCCACAUCCGCAGAAGCGGCAGAUAGAGCCCAUCUCUUCAAUGGCGACCAUCAAUUUGCGCUUCGACCCUGCCUCUCCUGACGACGUCCCUCCGCAGCUGGACUCCAUCGUCAGCAAACUGAAAGUCUAUACAUUCUUCGGCGCUGCUCCCUAUAGACUCAUCCCAGAGGCUCGCAAACAUGACAACUGGUCUGUUCUGCACGGUAUCUAUCCAGAAACUGUCUCCUUAUCAUCGCGCUGUCUGUCGACUGUCUCUUGGGUCCGCCACGACCCUUCAGAACGUGGGAGCUUCUCUUCAUCGGAUCUCUCUAGACGACCAUCGGGGUACUCAACGACGUCGACGACCUCGAUACCUGAACCGUCGUGCGCCUAUGAACUAGGCUCCCCUUUUUACACCGCUAGCCUACCGGUCCCGAUCGCACUUCCAACUCCAUCUAGCAGCGGUCGACCCAGAGUCUUUGUACCGACGUUCCAUUCGUGCAUCGUCUCCAGAACUUACUCUGUCGAGCUGAAUAUCUCAUUUCGUACGCCAGGUGCCAAUGUCUCAAGCAGCCAUAUGACCCUCAAGACGCCUAUCCAAGUCUCCGCCGAAGCGGGAAUUCCGCCGGCUCAAGUCCGUGAAACUGAAGCCGCCAUCGCCGCGGAGAUCGAACAGCAAUUUGGGCUGUACGAAGCUCGCCAGCUCGAGGAAUCCGGCUUGGGCCUGGAAAGCCCGAUGUACGAAGAGCCUUCCCCAGCGGCGUUGAUCCCUGGCACCAGACACUUGAGUCUUGCGGGCCAUUCCGAAGUGGCGUCGUCGUCUUUCACCACACCAGUACUCCACUCGGGUGUCGACGCCGGUGCACCGCCCGAAUACCGAGCCGGUUCUGGCUUCAACACGUUCAGCGCCAGGGACAGGCCAGGAGGACCUAGGACCCAAGCUUCAGAUGAAGAAGGGGAUGAGACCGAACGAGAAGAUGAGAAGCCAACGGCGAGACGAGUUCAACAACGGACGACAGAACCAUGGAGUGAUGAUCCUUAUGCGUGAGAGCAGCGGAGCUUGGCUUGGAACGCCUGAGGGCUCUAUUUCAGGAAGCCUUGAACUUCGAAUUCCUUCGCUUGUUCAGAUGACUUACUUUGCAAGCCGUUGCAGGAAUAUACGUGGGUCUGGCAAAGACGGCCAGGCACGAGAUACACAAGACCUCCCUUCCCGCUGGCGGGGCUAGUUAUUCUCGCACUUUGAGCGACACUACUGAGUCAUGGAGACGGACCAUCUGUCAUCGACGCAAAAGCACGGCCAGGGGGCGAUCUUGAUAUCUUGCCGGGGUUUAUGUUGUUUGAAAUCCAGGUUGGAUGUCGAGUUUUCCCUCCGGACCUCUGAAAGCAUGGCGUUGGCGUUUUGGGGUUUGAAUCUGAUGGGAAUCUGGCCGACGGUGUGCGAUGUGGAAGAAGAAUGAAACGGGCAUGAAUGAACGAGAAAGGAGUCAACUCUCUGAGGAUGGGCUCUUUCUAGAUGAUGGGAAAAGAGGCAGAGGCCGAACGCGAUCUAAUGAAUUUUGCGCAAGAUACCCUCUGUUUGUCUGUGUUAUAUAGUCCCUUUUGGAUAAUGAUUGUCAUCCCUAGCAUUGACCCUC